AUGAGGGAACGAAAAGACCUUACUCGGUUCUAUGACGGAAUUGGUGGUAGACUUGCCGGCGAGGCCACAUCGCCUGGUGACCUUGGCACGAUCGGAGGAGCCAACUUCCACAUCAAGAGUCGAGAUCUGGUGACGGUUUCUUCUCGUGACCCUGAGUCCGCAAAUGACCUUCGGCAGUUUACACCUACAGGGAAAUGGCUAAUAGGUCAGCUUGGCAGCUCAUGGACCGGCUGCUAG